AUGGGUCCUCGACAGCUGCAGACUUUCCUGAGUAAGAAGGUGGCACCCGAGAUUAUUGAUGUCGAUGCUGAAGUCCGAAGCCGUGGAGAGGUGGGGCUCGUCGUAGACUUUCAUGCAUUUACAUUCUGGCUACUCGGUUACUUCGAAAACGAGACAGCUGCCUCAAACCUCGGUCGCGUCACUGGUUUGGCCCGAAGGUUGGUAGAAGGGCUCGCCAGCCGCGGCGUACGCUUGCACUUUGUUGAGGAUGGUGCGCAGGGCUGCAACGGACCGGAGGAGAUGGAAUCCAAGCUGACGGAGUUGAGAUCGCGUUUUGCCCAACGGCAGGCUGACAGAGCAAAGCUAAAGCACUUCUUGGAGGGUACGGACUGCAAUCCGGGGCAAAUCCAUAGUGGGCCCCUCUUUGUUGAGGCGGUUCGUGCUGGGAUUCGGGAGGCUGGCGCUUCUUGGCAACUUGCGCAAGGGGAAGCGGAUCCUGAAUGUGUUCGUGCUAUGGAGCAGAGAAAUGCACUCGCUGUGCUUGGCAAUGACACCGACUUUGUCAUCAUGCAGGGUGGCCGACUCGUGACGUUUCAACACUUUGAUCCUGAUUUUGCCGUUCUCCCCGCCCUGCUGGAUUUGCCGAGCAAGGACUUGCAAGGCGAGCGCCAGCCCGAGAAGAAGUUUGUCCUGAAGGUUUGGAGACGCAGUGCGCUGGCAAACGCCCUCGCCGUUCCCGAGGAUGUGCUCCCAAUGGUGGCGGCACUUUGCGGCAACGACCAUUCGCGGCAGCUCAUCGAUCGAUGCCGACGGCGUGGCUUGCCAGGCCCUGCUGGUGAAGAGCUUCCAGACAGCUUCGAGAAGCUGGCCAAGCUUGUGGAGUGCACGAGACCUCCUCAGGAGGCAGCGCUGGACUUGCUGAAACCAGCCUUGAACAAUGAGGCGGAGAUUGAGCAGGCACAGAGAGUGCUGGCAGAAGUCCAGAGCUUCUACAUGCCGCAGAGAAUACCGGCAAGUCCACACCUUGAAGAUGACAGCCUCGCACUCGUGUGCAGCGAAGUCGAGCAAGGCUUGCUUCCGAAGUGGUGCAUGCCUGUGGCGGCCCACGGCCUCUACCUCACUAGCGACUUCCUGUCAGACCCGUCCGUGGGUUCCUGCAAGAUGACUCUCCUUUUAAAGCUGAAGAGCUGUGCGUUUGGAUUCCUUGCGCCUCCCUCUGCUGGAGUUCCCAUUCCUUCCCCUUCUGUCACGAUUGGGAGCCUUGGUCCGUGCACACCAGCGAGCCCUCCGGACAAGUGGGGCAAUGUGCAGGUCCGCAUCCUGGGCAAGUCAGAGCAUGCCAGCUUCGACGACGUCCGGAAGCCUUUCGGCUAUCUGGGGAGGCUCCAGGGCCUCAGGGCGCAGCCGCUCCGCUCGCGCUUCGCGCUCUUGCGGCUCUUCGUGGAGGCCAGCUUCCGGCCUUGCGGCUCCACUUCGCUCGACUCUAAGGCGGAGGCCGAGGUGUCCUUGGGCACGCUGCAUGCUCUGGCCUUGCGCUUCACGGCCGCCAUGGCACAGGAGCUCAAGCUUCAGGAAGCCGAGAUUGGAGCCCUCCUCGCGACUUCUUACAUUCUAAAAAGCACGGUCGUGCCCGAGCUGGUCGAUGCUCCCGACUUCUCGAACCGCAGAUGCGCUGACUUUCGCUGUCUGUGCCUCGGCGCUUGGUUUCAGAAGGUGAUCUCCGCAGUGCUGGACCUAGCAAAGCUCCUGGCUGUGGCACCGAGCGUGAGGCCCGAGAAGCUCUUUGACGGUCGGCUCUUCCUCCACGUCUUGCAGACCUUCCGAGAGAGGCCUCCGGUGGAAGCCGAGGCCGCCCCUCCGGCUGCGAAGCCUCGCAUUCGGCGUGGGAAAAUGGGCCCACGGGCUGGCGAGGCUGGCGGAGAAAGUGAGGUGUACCAAGCGCCUUUGAGCCUGGAUCGCUUGGAUGUGGAGAACCUGGUGAAGCUGCGGGGCAGUGCUGAAAUGAAAGCCUGGCGAGAUGAAGUACUGCGAGAGCUGGUCGUGCAAUUUCUGCCCUCUAUACCGCAGGAGGCAAGCUUGGCAAAAGAUGCCGUGAUCGAGGACAGGUUCACGGGAUCGGCCGAGCUGCCCAUCACUGCACGCAAGGCAGAGCUCUGCAGAGACCUUCUGGAGAGUCGUGUGACUUGCGUUCAUGGCGAAACAGGAUCCGGCAAGAGUACGCAGGUCCCGCAGUACAUCCUCGAAUGCUUCACGAACGCUCAGGUGGUCGUCACACAGCCCCGGCGAAUGGCCGCGAUCAACCUGGCCAAGCGAGUCGCAGCGGAGCGUGGGGAAGAUUUGGGCAGAGCCGUUGGGUAUCGGAUCGGUGGAGACAGCAUGCCUGGCUCACGGCUGAACUUCGUGACCACGGGCUGGCUGUUGAGAGCUUUGGUGAGCAGUCCAGAGCGGAUUGGCCAGCUCACGCAUGUCGUCUUCGACGAGAUUCACGAGCGCUCGGCCGACGCAGACUUCUUGAGCAUGGUGGUCCGCUUGCUGCUUCACCGCUCCCCGGAUGUGCGCCUCGUGAUCAUGUCCGCAACCCUCCAAGCAGAUGUUUUCCGUUCCUACUUCCAAGACUUGCAGCCGGAAGCCUCGGACAUACCUCUAGUAGCAGUGGGCGGCCGCUGUUUCGACGUUCAGAAGAUCUUUCUCGAUGACAUCCGAGACUUCUGCGGCAAGGGCAAGAAGCUGAGCAAGCCGGGGCAGGUCGCUUUGUCGAAGUUACUCUUAAAGUUUCACGAGCGCAAGUUCGAGAACAACAGCUCCAAAAACUUGUCCGACGUCUUGCCCCUUGCCACACCGCUCAUUCUCGACCUGCUGGCAUCUUUGGCCGAACCGGGCUGCACAAUCCUGGUCUUCCUGCCCGGCCUUGAGGAGAUUAGCAACCUCUACGACGACUGCCAGGCUUACCUGCACGCGAAGGAUGGUGCGCUGGAGGCUGAGGACCCGGAGCCUGCGCCAGGAUCCGCCGAGCAGGUGCAGAACCUUGAGCUUAAGGCUUUCGCUAUGCACUCGCAAAUACCUAUGGAGGACCAGCUGGGGGUCUUUAAAGGCCCAGGUCCACGGGCGUGCCAUCUGGUCUUCGCCUCCAACGUAGCAGAAAGCUCUUUGACACUGCCCAGUGUGUGCGCAGUCUUGGACCUUGGUUUGAUAAAGCAGAUGGUCUACGACCCACGAUUGCGGGUGUCGUACUUGGCACUGCGGUGGACAAGCCAAGCUUCCGCCCAUCAGCGAGCAGGUCGUGCAGGCCGAACCCGAGAGGGGAUCGUCGUGCGGCUCUACCCGCGAAGCUUCCACGAAGGAAUGGUGGCCUUUGACCGGCCGGAGACUUCCUCCUUGCCAUUGCCAAGAUUGUAUUUACAAGCCAAGCAGCUGGCCUGUGAUUUGGGGGAUCGCGAUCUUGCUGGAGGUGCCUCUGCAAUUUCUGUUUUGGAAGACCUAGUUGACCCACCAGACCUUGCCAUUGUUGAAGUUGCCCGACAAGAGCUCGCAGAAGGCUGUGCGCUGGCCGCAUCUGCGGAAGACGCGGACAUCACUACUCUGGGGAGAAUCUGCUUGCGGCUUCCCUUCGAGCUAGCUCUUUGCCGUCUUAUCUGGCUGAGCUGUCAUUGGGGAUGUGCUGCCGAUGGAAUUGUGCUGGCAUGCAGCAUGGCAGUACAGGACCCUUUCUCGCAGCCCAAUCCAUUGGCCAUCACCGAUGCCGUGGAGUUGGGUCAGAAACUACGCCGGAGCAAUCAGAGCCGACGUCGUUUUGAUGGUGGAAGGGCUUCCGAGCCGCUUGCGCUUCGCAGCCUUUUCCGUGAGUUCUACCAGACGCUGCGCACUACAGCUACGGGUGGUCUCCUCGGAGGUCGCCGCGCGUGGAUGAAGCAUGCGAGCGCAAUGGCUUCGAAGCAUGCUAUCAUUCCCAGGCGUUUGGCAGAGUUCUGUGUUCAGGUGGAUGAUGUGGCUCAGCGCCUCGUGGGCUUGCUGGGCCCUGGUAGUCGAGUGGAACGUCAAGUGCGCCUGCUGCUCAAGGGCUUAGGAAGGAGCCUUGUGGAUGCUGACGAUGCGGGCAGCUUCCCCUGUGAGGAUCCGUGGGAACUGGAUGAAUGGGUCAAAGCAGACCAGAAGAGUACUUGCCGUGCAGAUGUCGGUUCCCCCUUCGUCGAGAACGACGACGUCUUGCGCGGUCUGUUGUCCGCCUGUUUCACGAACCAGCUGGUGAUUUCUUCGAAGGGCAGUCAGAAGGAUCAAGAACUUGCAAACGGCAUGGCUCAGAUUGCGGACCCUGCCCGAAGUGCCCUUUUCGAUGUGGAGCACCUAGAGGACAACGAUGCCUUGCGAGAAUCGGCGAACUUCCUGAAGUACUUGUCCCGUCUCAGUGGCGGAUGCAUUUUUGAAGACAAGGGCAUGGUUGGGAAGCGUGUUUGCAUCCAGUGCAUUGACCCCAGCACAAGUAGCCUCAGCGAAACCUCCAACGAGUCAGAAGAGGAUGAUGAGGAGGACGAUAAGGAGAUGGCAGAGAUGCCGGUCGACAUUGCAAUGGACCUGCACAUAUUCAACCAGUUCACGCGCGGCAAGGCUUCGGUAUCGUCGCAGAUGGACUUGAGUGAUAUUCAAAGCAGUCACGAUUCCCAAACUGAAUGUGAAAAGGCUGAGCCAACUCCUAUCGUGGUUAAGAAACCCGUACACCCAUGCCAGAUCAAGUGGCAGGUGCAUGCAGCGGGGGAGGAAGAUCGCAAAGGACGAGCCGCAAUGAAGAGAACCGGUUUGCCAAGCUGCUAUCAUCCCCUGGGCUUCAUGUGCGAUGUGUCCAAACGCAGCUGGGUGGCCUGCUGUAGCCAUGUUCAAUACACCCAAGGCAGCAUUUGCUUCCUUUCCGGCAUGACCCUCCUCAAGCCUUGGCAGGCCAGGCAUUUCCUGCUGAUGAUCGACCCACAAGCUGCAAACUUGGCGCUUCGUUGCACUGAUGAUGGAUCAGUCACUGCUGUGAAGAUGUUUGGUCAACAGCUGCGCAUCGAACUCACGAAGGAGGACAUGAGCUUUGUGGACAUCUUCCGUUCAAUGAUGAGAGACGCCCUGCUGAGCUCCGAGAAGCUGAAGGAGAGCCCGCUAAAGUCCAAGUUGCAUGCCUUCUGCAUGGGAGGCGAUUCUACCGAGGGUGGUGCUGCGCACGGCCGCUGGUUUCAACCACUUGGCAUUUCAAGCAGCUUACCGGGACUGCAGCCACUGCUUCAGAAAAUGGAUGAAAAGUCGGAGGCCGUGGCGACUGCAGAGAUGAACCUGCGUGCCAGGAUCGCUUUGAUGAUUGCUAAAAAGAAGAAAACGACAACUGGAAAACUUGCCAAGGCGGCUGACUGGCGGGAGGAGCAGUUCGGCCCCCUCGAACAGUUUCUGUCGCAGCGCCCGCAUCUCUUUACUCUGGAUGGAAAGAGCUGGAAGUCUGUGAAUUAG